GCUAAUCUCUAUAUCUUUCUUUUUAGUUAAAAAGAAAUAAUAGAUGCACAAGAUGGAUUCAUUUCCCUCUUUUUUUUUUUUGCUUUUUCUGAUGGGAUUCGCUCUUUCAUUUAUCUUCACUGAACAAUGAUCUGAUGUUGAAAUUUGUUGUUGAAGAAUGAAAUAGCAACUCUUCUGAUCCAGCUAUAAACCCUGGUCUUCAGCUUAUAGAUAGUUUUUUUUUUGUUUUGUUUUCUUCUCUCACUUUUCUCCUAUAUAUGGUUACAUGAAAUCAUUAUUUUAGAUCUUUGCCCACACUAAGUAUGUUGCAAAAAAGAAGAAAAAGAAAAAAAAAAAUCAACUAUGCUCAGACAUCAACUUUAAUGGAGUUGAUAAUGGGACUCCUUACUUUCCUGAAAGCUAUGAGGCCUUUUCUAUUUUAUUUUCCCUAAUAGGCAGCAAGAUUAUGAGUUUUGAGGUGGUGAUUAGUUGUGUGCCAAGAGCUCCUAUUUUAUCAAAGUGGUUCAUUGGGCAGUUGGUUCCGACUUGCAAUUUAUUUUCUGUUUAAGUGAAUAAAGUGGUUAAAAGAACUAGUUAUAGCAAACUAAAGCAGUUCUUGGAUUAUAUAUCUUGAUGACUCAUCCUCUCAUAAUAGGUAUUAAAUUCAUUUAUUCCAAGAUCCUAGGAAAAAGGGACACAUCUAAAUAACCUAAUUUUUGUUUUCUUGUUCUAUACCUUGGGAAUGUGAAGUGUACAGCCAGGAUCCAAUGUAGAAUGUGGGCACUUCAUUCAUAUUUAAGCAAAAAAGAAAUGGAUUAUGAGAGUUGAAAGUAACUUAAAAUAGGAAGUUUUUCUUUGUUGUUUUGUUGAAAGCACAUGUUUGUUAUCUAUUCUACCAAUCAGUGUUUUUAAAGGCGUUGGUGGGGCGCGCCUUGAGGCGAGGCGAAGUGAAAACGCGUUGAGGCGUUAAAAAUAAAGCGAAACACCUGAAAGGCGUACGCUUUUCUGGUGAGGCGUGGUUGAAGCGCGCUUUGAGCGCGCCUUUCACGCUUUUCCGGUGAGGCGUACGCGUCAUCGGAUCUGAUGUGGCAAUGAAAGAUUUAAAAAAAAACCCUAAGAAUACCUAAAACCCCAGUCCCGACUGAAAACAAACCCAAAACAAACCCUACCUCUUCCAGUCAAGCGGCGACGGAGUGCUCACCCUCGGCGGCGACCAAUCGCAGCGAUCUUCUCCGGCGGCAAUCGGCAAUCCCUCCAGAAUGAGUUCCUCCGAUUCGAAAAAUUCAAGAAAGGAUUUUGUGUGGAAGUAUGUGAUUGAAGUUUCUGGAGAGCAAUAUAUAAGAUGUAAAUUUUGCAAUCAAAGAUGUACGGGAGGGGUGAAUAGACUAAAGCAUCACUUAGCCGGAACUCAUCAUGGUAUGAAACCAUGCAGCAAAGUUAGUGAAGAUGCUAGAUUGGAAUGUAAAGAGGCAUUGACUAAUUUUAAGGAUAAAAAAACGAAGAGAAAUGAAUUGCUCCAAGAAAUUGGUAUGGGUCCAACUUCAAUGCAUGAAAGUGCCUUGUGUAAAACAAUAGGGACAUUAGGGAGUGGGAGUGGGAGUGGGAGUGGGAGUGUAAGUGGGAGUGGGGAACCUAUUCCUAGGGGACCCAUGGAUAAAUUUACCACUUCACAACCUAGACAAAGUACGUUGAAUUCAAAGUGGAAGCAAGAAGAAAGGAAGGAAGUGUGUAGAAAAAUUGGUAGGUUUAUGUAUUCAAAAGGUCUCCCAUUCAACACUGUGAAUGAUCCUUAUUGGUUUCCUAUGAUAGAUGCUGUUGCAAACUUUGGGCCCGGGUUUAAGCCUCCAUCUAUGCACGAAUUGAGGACAUGGAUUCUUAAAGAAGAGGUGAAUGACCUAAGUAUCAUUAUGGAAGAUCACAAAAAAGCUUGGAAACAAUAUGGAUGUUCAAUUAUGUCAGAUGGUUGGACAGAUGGAAAAAGUAGGUGUCUUAUCAAUUUUUUGGUGAAUAGUCCUGCUGGCACUUGGUUUAUGAAAUCAAUUGAUGCUUCUGAUACAAUAAAAAAUGGGGAAUUGAUGUUCAAAUAUCUUGAUGAGGUGGUUGAAGAAAUUGGAGAGGAGAAUGUUGUGCAAGUCAUCACUGAUAAUGCCUCUAAUUAUGUGAAUGCUGGAAUGAGGCUUAUGGAAAAAAGGAGUAGAUUGUGGUGGACUCCUUGUGCUGCUCAUUGCAUUGAUUUGAUGUUGGAGGAUAUUGGAAAGCUAAAUGUUCAUGCUACUACACUUUCUCGAGCUAGGCAAGUUGUGAAGUUUAUAUAUGGGCAUACUUGGGUUCUUAGCUUGAUGAGAACAUUUACAAAAAAUCAUGAACUUAUUCGUCCAGCAAUUACACGGUUUGCUACUGCAUUUCUUACUCUCCAAAGUAUUUAUAAGCAAAAGCAAGCUCUUAUAGCAAUGUUCUCCUCAGAAAAAUGGUGUUCAAGCACAUGGGCUAAAAAGGUAGAAGGUGUGAAAACUCGAAGUAUAGUGUUGUUUGAUCCAAAUUUUUGGCCUCAUGUUGCUUUUUGCAUAAAGACCACUGUUCCAUUAGUUAGUGUCUUGAGAGAGGUUGAUUCAGAGGAAAGACCAGCCAUGGGUUAUAUUUAUGAGUUGAUGGAUUCAGCUAAGGAGAAGAUUGCAUUUAAUUGUGGGGGCAUGGAGAGAAAAUAUGGCCCAAUUUGGAGAAAAAUUGAUGCAAGAUGGACUCCGCAACUUCAUCGACCUUUACAUGCAGCAGGCUAUUAUCUUAAUCCUCAAUUGAGGUAUGGAGAUAAGUUCUCUAAUGUUGAUGAGGUGAGGAAGGGAUUAUUUGAAUGCAUGGAUAGGAUGUUGGAUUAUCAAGAACGUUUAAAAGCUGACAUUCAGUUGGACUCAUAUGACCAAGCAAUGGGUGAAUUUGGGAGUCGUAUUGCAAUUGAUUCUCGAACAUUAAGAAGUCCUACAAGUUGGUGGAUGCGUUUUGGGGGUUCAACACCGGAGUUGCAAAAGUUUGCUAUUCGAGUCCUUAGCCUUACUUGUAGUGCUUCGGGAUGUGAAAGAAAUUGGAGCACAUUUGAAUCGAUCCAUACAAAAAAAAGAAAUAGACUUGAACAUCAAAGGUUGAAUGCUCUAGUGUAUGUAAGGUACAACACUAGAUUGAGAGAGCGAAGUCUACAAAGGAAACAAAAUGUUGAUCCAAUCUUGGUAGAGGAGAUUGAUUCUGAUGAUGAAUGGAUUGCGGAGAAAGAAGAUCCCCUCCUCCCCCUUGAUCUUUGUUGGCUUCAAGAUAAUGAAUUAUUCAAUGUUGAUGCCAUUAGAGUUGUGUCAUCCAACUCCCAAGAGACGCAAACAUCAUCGGAUCAUAUGGUUUCUUCACAUUCCUACAAAAGGAAACAUAAUGAAGUACCAAGUACAAGUGGAGGCAAAGGCAAAGAGAAGGAAUUGAAUUUGACACCAAUUGAUGAAGAUGAAGAUUUAGAUGAAAUGGGGAUACAUGAUAGUGGACAUUUUCCUACUAUUGAUACAUUGGAUGAGGAUGAUGAUGACCUUGGAGAGGAGGAUUUAAGUUGAAACAAUUUACUCUAGUUGUUAUUUCAUGACUUAGUUAUGGAUUUUUUGUAAAAGUUUAGAACUAUUAUUAUGGUUGACUCUAUUUUCUAUUUCAUGACUUAGUUUUGGCUUUUUGUUAAAGUUUGAAACUAUUAGUAUAGUUGAAUCUAUAAUCUAUUUUAUGAA